ACCGCGUAGUAAGAACGAAAGUACCCGUAGUGAACGGUUCGACAACGUUUGUGGUCAAAAAAAAAAUAGAAAUUUAGACGCGGUUGCAACUGAGCUAAUAAGGGCUAGUGCACACGUAUAAAAAGGAGAAAACAGGAAAAAAGUGAUGAAAUUGUAGAAACAAGAGCUGUCACAAAAGGCGCUCAAAUCACCAACAAAACUAGGCGAAAUAUUUUCCCGGCGAUACAGAACUGUACCUGUGCGGCAACGGUGGCAGCAGCGGUGGAGACAGCAUCAGAGCAAUUGCAAUGAGUGGAAAUUAUGAGGAAAAAUUGCUAAAACUACAAAAAAUACAUUCGAGUACAGAUUCGUACAGUUUAGGCUGAUCACAGUAAAAAAAGGGGACUCACAAAAGAAACGUGAACGAAAAUAUAGAAGAGCGCAGACAACGCUACAAAGCGAAAUUUGGAAAGCUUAAAAAAGCGUGUAGCAACAAAGCGACGACGCGUCAACGUCCGCAUACAGUCUCGAAUUACUUAAAAGCAAAAAAAAAAUUAUAAUUUGCAAACCCAUACAGAGCCGCUGAGCAACAUGCGAGUAAUACAAGGUCGGCAUCGCCGUCGCCCUCGCUGGUCAUCAACACUGGCAGCGAAACUGUAUCAACACAUAUCGCACGGUUUUCAACUGAUAAGCAUUACAUUUCACGUGCUUACACUGACAUCGCUGACGUCAAUGGCCCGCACUGCAGUACCGCGCCCCACAUUGUUAGCCGAUGCCGCCACAAUAACAAUGGCAGCGGCACAUCCGCUUUGGGCGCACGUGAAUAAAACGUGUCUAUCGCGCUCGUGCAAUGACACGCUCAACGAACAGCACCUCGAGCAGUUGGAGCGUAACAUCGAUUGGACUGUGAAUGCAUGCGAUGACUUUCAUACAUAUGCGUGUGGCAAUUGGGUGCCUCCAAGUGGACCCAAUACUUCCGCUAGCAUGAUGCAGGUUGCCGAGGAAUCGCUGACUGCGCGUUAUGUAGAGUUUUUUGAGCGUGCGUUGAAUGGUAGACGCGCUGAUGCAUCAGUGUUGGCAGCCGCAACUAGAGCAAGGCAAAGACAGCAACUGCGACGCGCACGCAUACGCAGCGCACAUGGUGCGCGUACACCACCACUGCAUGCAACUUAUAGAAAACGCAAGCAGUUGGAAGCGCCGGUGCAUGCAGAAGAAGUACCAGGGGAUGUCUAUGCCGCGCGCACGGAAGCUGAAGAUUAUGAACUAAUACUUUCGAAGUUGUUGCAAUACUAUCGCGUCUGUACACACACCGCGCCACUAACAUUGCGUGGCUAUUAUGAGCAAUUGCGCAUGGACGGCGUACUGCGUUCGCGACACAACUGGCAGGAAAUGCUUGCACACUUUGCGCGUUACGGUUAUGGUGAGCAGUUUGUCUACUUUAGUGUACGGCAAGAGAAUGCAACGCAUCAUGAUCUCUUUGUGCUGCCUCACGACGGGCAUAAGCGCCUUAAUUUGACAGAGGAAAUUUACGAUCUGCUGCGCGCACAUACAAGCAAAAGUCACGCUGAGCUGGCUGCAGAGUUUCGCGCACUGGAAGCAGAUUUGGAAGCGAUAGUGGGUAGCAUGUGCGCGGUGAAUGGAGAGGGGAAAAACAGCACGCUGCGCAGCGCAACGCCGGCACCUGGCGUCGUAGCAGAUGAGCCACUGCUGCCCGACGAUCAAACAUCGAUACCCAUUAGCUCUGAAGAAGAUUGCGAUCUUGUGGAGACGCUGACCUUUGCAGAGCUCACGGUGCGCUGCAGCGAGGUGGACUGGCAGCGAUUUAUAGGCGUGCCGCUGGGACGUCAUCUACACGCUGCCGAUCGCAUACGCGUCGAUUCGCCGGAAACAGUCUGCAAGCUAGCGCUCUAUCACAAUCAAACACCGGCCAGUAUUAAUUUCCUUUACUCGCUGGCGCGCUUUCUCGGCUACCUGCAGCAGCAGCAACAUAAUCCCCUAAGCAAUGGCCGAAGCGGCGCCACUUGCAUACGCCAUAUGCGCAAACUGCUACCCGUUGCUAUGAGCUACGCCUAUGAUCGUUUUUAUUACGCACCCGUGCGCGCCGAAAGCGAUCGCAUCAUACGCUCGAUAUUCGCACAGCUUAAGGCGGAGUUUGCGCGAACGCUUGCACUCAAUCGCAUGAAGUUCGAAGCUGACAUAGUUGCAUACAUGCAGCAGAAGCUGAGUUCGCUGCGCCUCAAUUUGGGUAACAUGCCGCCCGCGGUCAAUUCUUCCUUCUAUGUAGAUCUCAUAUGGCAGCUUAAUGUGAGCAGCGACAAUUUCUAUCGCAACCAUCUGCAUGCUUUGGCGCACACAUACGGACAUCUGCGUCGGUUGGCUGCUAGCGCGACAAAAAAUCACAGCCGCAGCGCGUGGUACACGUUCAAUUAUCACGCGCCCACGUUUCUCGACAGCUUGGAUUCGACGCCCUACUACUUCUGCCUUAGCAACAUGAUUAUCGUGCCGCACGCCUAUUUGCAAACGCCCUUCUACGAUCGUCAAUUCUGGCCGAUUUUGCUGUACGGCGAUCUGGCAAACACGUUGGGUCAUGAGCUCAUACACAGUUUCGAUAGCACAUUCCUCGAAUAUGACCAUGCGGGCAACAUGAACGAGCUGAUGAUAAAACGCAUCGAGUCAAAUGUUAACUUUGCGCGCAACGUUCAAUGUCUCAGCCAAGGCACCAAAUUCCUCUCCGAGCGCAUUGCUGACGUCAGUGGCACGCGUUUGGCGCUCAACUCCUUUCUGCGCGAUGCUCAAUUUUUGCGCAGCCAUGGGCGUUUGUUUUUCUUGCAGUUCGCACAAUUCUUCUGCAGCAACACAGACGAGGCUACGCAUCAGCAGCUCGAUGCCUGGCAUGACCCGGACGCGGUGCGGCUGAACUACACGUUGGCACAGAUGCCAGAAUUUUUGGAGGCGUUCGAUUGCCCGGCGAAGAGUCGCAUGAAGGCAGUGCAGCGCUGCGAAAUGUGGUAGCGAAUGUGAGAAGUAGAAGGAGCAGAAGAUUGGAUAGUUAUAAAAAGUUGGAGAGAAAAUGGGUUGAUGCAUUUUCUUAGCUUAAAAAAAAAGAAACCGUAGUAUUAGCAGCGUAGGGUUAACCAAAGGUUUUAUUGCUUAGGUACUUAAAUGUAUUUAAUUACUAACUAGUCCUUAUACUUUUUUAAAGCAUGAUGAAUGCAUACCUUAUUAUUAUUUAA